CGAAAACUUGACGAAAUGUAGUGUUUGCCAAAUUACUAAAUUAUAAAAUACGAAUUUAUCGAAUUUCUCUGGUUAAGAUCUUGAAUGAAAUGGAAGCGCGUUCUUCAAGAAUUUAUCAAAGAACAAGUGAAGCCAGGAGUAAGCGUCGCAAACCUAAUAUUGACGAUGAACGUAGAUACACCAAGUUUACACAAGAGGAAAUCGAAAAAAUUAGUCGGAAAGUUGCAUUUCAUUAUGAUGAACUGAGUGUGGUUCUAAAUAUACCUUAUGCGAAACAUUAUGAAAUAUAUUCAAACUGCGUAAACUAUCCACAUCCCUUGGCAAAGUCUAAAAUGAUUUUGAAGAUAUUCAAUGAGCAUGAAAAAUUCGAUCGAGUUAUAUUGAACAAUUUCCUUAAAAGUCGUUUCCUUGAUUUGGAUAAAAUUUUGUCUCCACCAAAACAGUUUGAUCAUGAAAGUCCACCUUUUUCAAGAUUAAAGUCAUCUGAAACUUUAUAUAAAGUUGAUCUUCGUUACACUAAACUUUCAUCAGAGGAAAUUGAAAAAAUUAGUCAGAAAGUUGCAACUGAUUGGUAUGAACUGGCUUAUCUUCUUGAAAUACCUUUUAAACAACGUCAUGAAAUUUUUGUUAACCACGAAAGUUUUCCAAAUCCCUCCGCAAAGGCUAAAAGGAUUUUGAAGAUCUUUAAUGAACGAACAGAUUUCGAUCGACAUUUAUUAAAGAAAUACCUUGGAGAAAUAUAUCUUGAUUUGGAUGAAAUUUUGGCUCCCACAAAACAGUUUGAUCGUGAAAGCCCACCUUUUUCAAAAUUAAAGUCAUCUGAAUAUUCAUAUAAAGUUGAUCUUCGUUACACUAAACUUUCAUCAGAGGAAAUUGAAAAAAUUAGUCAGAAAGUUGCAACUGAUUGGAAUACACUGGGUGCUCUUCUAGAAAUACCUUUUGAACAACGUCAUGAAAUUUUUGUUAACCACAAAAGUUUUCGAAAUCCCUCCGCAAAGGCUAAAAGGAUUUUGAAGAUCUUUAAUGAACGAACAGAUUUCGAUCGACAUUUAUUAAAGAAAUACCUUGGAGAAAUAUAUCUUGAUUUGGAUGAAAUUUUGGCUCCCACAAAACUGUUUGAUCGUGAAAGCCCACCUUUUUCAAAAUUAAAGUCAUCUGAAUAUUCAUAUAAAGAUGAGCAUAGAUACACCAAACUUACACCUGAGGAAAUCGAAAAAAUUAGUCAGAAAGUUGCAACUGAAUGGAAUGGACUGGGUUGUCUUCUAGAAAUACCUUCAUUCGAAUUAAAAAAAAUUUCUUCAAACCACGUAAAAUAUCCAGAUCCCUUCGCAAAGUCUAAAAAGAUUUUGGAGAUCUUCAAUGAGCAAACGAACUUCGAUCGACAUCUAUUGAAUAAAUGCCUUAAAAAACUAUAUCUUGAUUUGGAUAAAAUUUUGUCUCCACCAAAACAGAUCUUGAAGCCAUUGGAAGCGUCUUCUGCAAGACUUUAUGAAGGAAAAAUUGAAGCCAGGAAGGAACGUCGCAACCCUAAUAUUGACGAUGAUCCUAGAUACACCAAACUUACACCUGAGGAAAUCGAAAAAAUUAGUCAGAAAAUUGCAACUGAAUGGAUUCGACUUGGUUUUCUUCUAGAAAUACCUUCAGUCCAAUUGAAAGAAAUUUAUUUAAACCACGUAAAAUAUCCAGAUCCCUUCGCAAAGUCUAAAAAGAUUUUGGAGAUCAACAAUGAGCAAAAGAAAUUCGAUCGACGUAUAUUGAAUAAUUGCCUUAAACAACUACAUCUUGAUUUGGAUAAAAUUUUGUCUUCACCAAAACAGAUUUUGCAUAAAGUGGAAUCGUCUUCUUCAAGACUUUAUGAAGGAACAAGUGAAGACAGGAAAGAGCGUCGCAAACCUAAUAUUGACGAAGUCACAAGUGGUGAUGAUGCUAAUGCUAAAGAUUCUCCUGGUGUUGAAAAUGCAAAACAAGCUGAUCUUAGAUACACGGAACUAACAACAGAGGAAAUCGAGAAAAUUGGUCAGAAAGUUGGAACUGAUUGGAAUAUACUGGGUGGUCUUCUAGAAAUACCUUUUGAGCAACGUGAUGAAAUUACUGUUGACGACACAAUUUAUCCAAAUCCCUCCGCAAGAGCUAAAGCGAUUUUAGUCAUUUUUAAUGAAGGAAAGAAAUUUGAUCGAUAUGUAUUGAAGAUAUGCCUUAAAGAAAUAAAGCUUGAUUUGGAUGAAAUUUUGUCUCCCACCAAUCAGUUUGAUGGUAAAAGUCAAGCUUUUAAAAGAAUAAAGUCAUUUUCAUCUUUGAAUAAAGAUACAAAGGCAGUGUCCUGUGAACUGGAAAAACUGGUCACUUCUGGUGGUGGCAAUUUAAUGAUGGAGGACGUUAUCUUUGAUAUUGGUCCUGGCUGUUUGGAAGACAGUACAAUGAUUAAGUUGGUCAAGUGGAAUUCAAGUAAAUUUUCCUGCUAAAGGAUAUUUGGACGUGACUGAACUUGACUCCCAAAAAAGAGAAAAAGUUUUGAAGUGGAAACUGAAUGUCGAAGAAAAGAACUCAACUGAAUCGAUGAUUAAUAACGAUAAGGAUGAUGAUGACAAAAAACAGUAAAAGAAAGGAAAUGAAACGUCAGAUUUGUCAGAACAAAAGCGUCUGCUUUUGAUGUUUCACAUAUGGAUGCGGAUGAAGCAAGAGAAGAGAGUUUGAACAAUAAAUAGCUAUAACGAAGGACAGUUUCAACACGGACAUUGUGUAAUAAAUUUAUAAUAGCUACAAACAAACUGAAAACAUUUAAAACUGUAACUGUCUUUCAAUUCUGAAAUAUUUUUAACUUAUAAAAUUAGCGGAUGAUUUUUUGGAUUUAAAUUGAAAUGUACAAUUUAGUGUGACAAAAUAUUUAGCGUAUUUUUUAACGUUAUUGAUUUGCGAAAUGUUCGGUAUCUUGAAAAUAGUCUAUCUUUUACAAUUUUAGCAAUAUUUCACAGUCCAGUUUUAAAAAUUGUAGAUAAUAAUAACCAUCAUAACGACGAAAGUAAAACAAAGGGGAAUGAAACGGCAAAUUUCUCAGAGCAAAA